ACAAAUACAUUUAAAUUAUUGUAAAUUUUUUGCUUAAUAAAUUACAAAAAAAAAUUAUUUUUUUCUAUUUGACCGACGAAAACAAAAUCAUUACUUAAUAUUUUUCAAAAUCGCUAGACGACAUCGAAAACUGAAAGCUAUAAGAUAAAUUUGGAUACUUUACAUUUAAUUAAAUACAAAUUUUACUCAGAAGAGUAAUCGAGCUGCUGACUCAUAUAUAUAAUUAGCUUCUGUAUUAUAUUAUAUACAGUGUUCAUUAAUGGUUGUACCCACUUGUUGAAGAAUUUAUCAUGUUUUCUCUUAUAAACGUGACUUAUAACUGACAGUACUUGUUCAAUCAUUUUCUACUUUCUGCUCGUACACCGCGUAUUUCGCUAAACUUCUAUGCAACAAGUUGCGAUACCGUAAAUAUCGAUUAUGCAGUCAGCCGACACAGCACGUAUCUUCUCUCAGGAAUAAGCCAUAGGUCUGCGCAGGCGCUCCCAUAACUACUGCUUGUCAUCGAGACGCAGUCAGUAGUAAAGACUAGUAUUUGAUGCGCUUAUCGCGGAUCAAGCAAUGCGUUUCUAUCACGAAUCCAAGAUAGACGUUUACAAACGAAAUAACAAUUAUAGUCUUCAAUGGACUCGUUGGAUUUUAAAGCCGAUAGGUGUUUGGCCAGAAUUACCCACGAGCUCAGCAAUCGAGAAGAUUUUAUCAAAAAUUUUGAGAUUAACGUGUCACACUUUAAUAGCUCUCACUGUGAUACCCUCUAUAUUAUAUAUUAUUUUUGAAGAGAAGGAUAUCGAAUUAAAACUGAAGGCCGUAGGGCCCGCAAGUCAUUGGCUCAUGGGUGGUGUGAAUUACUGCUCGCUGUUGUAUCAAAAGGGUCAGAUACGUAAAUCUAUCAAACACAUGGAAACCGAUUGGCGAAUGGCGAAGAGACAGUGCGAUCAAGAAAUGAUGCUGAAGAACGCGAGAGUGGGACGCAUUAUAGCGGGCGUUUGCGCACUCAUUAUGCAGGGUGGUCUUUUUACUUACAAUGUGGCAAGGGGAACAUCACCUAUACUCGUAGCGAUAGGCAACGAAACAGUCACGAUGAAUCGCCUACCGUGUCCGUCUUUCAACAAAAUCGUGGAUACCAGGUUUACCCCGGUUUUCGAGAUAGUGUUCACGCUUCAGUUGCUUUCGACCCUCGUGGUGAACAAUACCAUAGUAGGUGCGUGCGGUCUGGCCGCAGUAUUCGCGAUGCACGCAUGCGGACAGCUCAGUGUAGUGAUGUCGCGAUUCGAAGAACUCGUUGAGGAAAAACGACACAACGUUAUUCAGAGAAAGCUAGCGAAUCUCGUCGAGCAUCAUCUACGAACAUUAAGGUUUCUUUCGCGCAUGGAGAUAAUUAUGCGUCAAGUGUGUUUCGUGGAAUUAACUGGAUGUACAUUCAACUUAUGUAUGCUAGGAUAUUACGCCAUUACGCAAUGGCACGAAGAAAGUACAAACACUAUAAUAGCGUACUUUGUUAUAUUUACAUCAAUGACGUUUAACAUUUUCAUAUUUUGCUACAUUGGUGAUCUCGUUACGGAACAGUGUAAAAAAGUUGGAGAAGCAGUUUAUAUGACAAAUUGGUAUAAGUUGCCGCAAAAAACUGUGCUUAGCCUAAUUUUAAUAAUUUUGCGAUCAAGUAUAGUCAUCAAAAUGACUGCGGGAAAUUUAGUUCAUAUGUCAAUCUCAACUUUCGGUGAUGUAAUGAAAACUUCUAUAGCAUACUUGAAUAUGCUUAGAACUUUAACUAUGUAAAUAUUGUACCAUAGAAUGAGUUUUAAAUAACAUCUGUAGCGUAAUAAAUAAAUAUUUUGCACAAAAUAAUUAUACAUAAAAUUUCUACGUAAUCCAUUUUCGUAGUAGAUUUUUAUAGUUAAUCUUUUCAUUUCUUUUCCAUCAGUCUUUAGUUGAUAUUAAAAAAAAAAGCGAUUUCUUUUUCUUUGCAAUAAAAUAAAUUAAUCGUAUAUAUUAUAAAUAUUGCAAGUUAAGUUCAUAAUUAUAUGGGAUGUCACGGAUAACAGUGGUAAUCGGCAACAAGACCAUCGAGACAGGUGGCCUACCAUGUGCAUCUUUCAAUAAGAUCGUGAACACUAAACUCAACCCGGUAUAGUAGUGCUCACGUUGCAGUGUCUCUCGACCAUCGUGGUGAACAACAUCACGGUCGGUGCGUGCAGUCUCAAUGCCGCUUUCGCGAUGCACGCUUCCGGCCAACCCAACGUAGUAAUGCUACGUCUCAAAGAACUCGUCGCUGAGAAACAAGAUUUUUAGUUGAAACUGGCGAAUAUCGUGGAGAAUCAUCUGCGAGCUUUGAGGUAAUACAAAUUUUAAAACAUUGCGUACGAAUCAAUUUUAAUUAUCUAUAAAAAGUUAUACGGUAAUGUUUUAUAAAAUUUUAUUGAUUAUUAAAUGAUCUUAUUUGAAACUAAUUUUGCGUGAAACGCAAUUUUUGUUAUAUGAAGUGCCAGUAAACUAUAACACAUGAGAAAAAAUAUUUUAUAACGUUUCUUUUUUUAAAUAUGACAUAUUUGCAGAAUAGAAACUAUCGCAGUAAGAUAUUUGAAUAAAAAUAUUGAGUGUCUUUAAUGGCGCGGUUAAUGCUGUCGAUUACAGAUUUCUUUCACAUUUGGAAGUUAUGAUGCGUCAAAUAUGUUUUGUGGAAUUAGUCGGAUGUACAUUCAAUUUAUGUAUGCUGGGAUAUUACACAAUUUCGGUAUGCUAAAAAUUUAAUACAGGUGAAUAUGUAACAGGUUGUGCAUCGCUAAUUCUUAUUCUGAUUUUAAAUGCUAUCAGUUUACAUGUUCUUCCAGGAAUGGCAUCAAGAGAGCAUAAACACUAUAAUAACAUAUGGUGCUGACAUCGAUGCUGUUUAAUAUCUUCAUAUUUUGUUUCAUUAGUGAACUCGUAACAGAUCAGGUAAAAUUUUUAAUUAAAAAUCUUUUAUUUCAAAAAUUUUCAUGUAAUCAAUUUUUCUAUAAUUAAAAUAUUUACCUUUGAUUCAAUUUCACGAUAGUGUAAAAAAGUUGGCAAAGCAGCUUAUAUGACAAAUUGGUAUUUAUUGCCAUAUAAAACUUAGUUUAAUUUUAAUAAUCUUACAAUCAAGAAUUGUUAUCAAAAUUAUGGUUGGAAAAAUAUUUUACAUGUCUAUCCAGACUUUCGGUGCUGUGAGUAUUACGAAAAUGAUAUAUAAAUACUGUUCCUAGGAACAAAAUAAAUUUUGAAAUAUUUAGAAUUGUUAAAAUUACGCAAGUGCAACCCUUUGUAGUAUAAAUGCACUUUAAAUGUAUAAAAUAAACAGAUUAUUAACGUACAAUUAUUAAACGUUUUAGGUAAUUAAAACAUACUUGAAUAUGCUUCAAACUUUGACUGUGUAAAUAUUGUAUGAUAAAAAACGAGUAUAUUUGUAAUAUUCUCUAUUAAGAUAAUAUGAAAUAUGUAAAAUUUCUCAUAUAUAAAUAAUUUUAUGUAUAACACUGAAAACAUUAUUUUUUUAAAUAAUCUAAAUAUUUAAUAUACAUAUUGUGAUUGACGAUAUAAAAUCUGUAUCACAACUAUAUUUAUUAUAAAAACAGCAAAAAUCACAAAUUCAUUAAAAUCAUUGGAAAUUUUUUGCUUAAAAAUUGACAAAGAAAAAAUUAACUUUUUCUAUUUGACCGACGAAACAAGAUUAUUAUAUAAUAUUUUUCAAAAUCGCUAGACGACAUCAAAAACUUAAAGCUAUAAGCUAAAUUUGGAUACUUUAAAUUUAAUUAAAUAUAAAUUUCAUUCAGAGGAGUGAUCGAGCUGAUGACUCAUAUAUAUAAUUAGCUUCUGUAUUAUAUUAUAUAUAUAAUAUUUUAUAUACGCAAUAUUUUAUAAUACUUCAAGAAAAAAAAUUUUUCAAAAAAAGAAUGAAAAAGAUCACAAUCUUUAAUGGAUUACUCUUAUGGAAGAUAUUUGUAUGGGAGAAUGUAAGUCUUACAUUUCUUAUCCAUAUAAUUCAUGAAACAGUGACCAAUAUAUCAUAGAGGUAAAUCUCCUUUUCACGACAUUCAAUAAGACUAUAAAAUGCACCCUUCAAACGGUAACGGCUAAACAGUAAUCCAUUCAACAAAAGAUCACUUACUUUCAUAUAUUGUUUUUUAUUAACUUAAACCUUAGAUACUCUCUUAUGAUAACUUGAAUUAAAUUUCACUUGUAUUUUGUCUCAAGAGCAUUUUAGAUAUGGAAUUCCUAGUAAAGAAAAUCAAGUUAAGCAUACGCUCUGCCCGCGUAUAUAGAAUAAAAGACAUAUCUUCUAACGUAAAGAACUAUAUUUCACGAAUGAAGAAUUUAUUAUGUUUUCUCGUAUAAACGUGACUUAUAACUGACA